AUGGAUGGCGAUUUGGUCAAGACAACAAACAAGCUCAAUGAUCGCGUCGAGCGUCUUCUGACCCGGCAGAAGCUCUCAGGUCCAACACGACGAAUCUUGAUUGCGUUGGCUGGCGUACCAGGAUCGGGCAAAACCACCAUCUCUGAUGCCUUGAUCAGGGAGCUGAAGAAAAAUGGCAUUCUCGAUGUCGCAGUACUUCCAAUGGAUGGAUUCCAUUAUACUCGUACGACUCUCUCUUCCUUCCACGACCCUGACCAAGCCUUUCGAAGGCGAGGCGCGCCUUUCACAUUCAAUGCCGCCGCCUUAUUAGAUCUCGUAGUGUUACUCAAGAAGACACCUGUGACAACAGAUGACGAGCCGCAAACCAUCAUUAAAGCGCCGGGGUUUGACCAUGCGAGAAAAGACCCAAUCCCCGAUGCCAUUGAGAUUUCUUCACGGGCCAAAGUUGUUAUCAUCGAAGGCAACUACGUACUCUUGGAUCAAGAGCCUUGGAGCCGCAUUUCCACAUUGGUAGAUGAUAAAUGUGCCAGUUGA